AUGGGCCAUCGUUCGCCUCUGAUACCCAUAUUUGCUGCUGUCGAUUUACUGCUCGACGACUUGCAGUAUCAUGACUCCGACCUCGUAACGGACGAGAAUAACUUGCGCGAGUUGCUACGUUGCAUCGACCGACGGCAUGACAAGUCCUUCUGCAUUGAUCUCGACUUGUUAGGGAAGACGUGUCUCUUUUCGUGCCUUAUACGCCACGAAGAAGCCUCUAUCAAAGAAUUCCGAGGAUAUGGCCACGAGUGUGAGGUAGGUGCAACUAAACCACGUCGUGGCUCUGAAGACGGAAUAAGUCACCAUCGCGUCAUCAGCUACGAUUUCGGAGGGCUCAAACAUCGGAACGAAGGCAGCGUCAACACUAAUGAUUCUGCCUACUUCAGCCGUUUCGAGAUGAAAGUAAAGCUGACCUCGCUUCGCUCGGUCCUUCCUCAGUCAAGUAUGAUCGAGAUCAAGACAAGAGCGGCACGCAGGCAACUGGACUGUAAAGAAGUCUACGUCCAGUUAUACCUGUCACAAACACCUUACUUUUACUUGGAAAAGCACACGCGUGGCAAUAGCUAGGAGAAGGCAUCCUACGUUAUGGAGGCCGAAGUUGCAAUGGCUAAAUUGGAGGCACUUCUGAGUGCCAUUCUAAAAGUCGUAAGUAUUGGCGAGGGAGUAUCCCUAAGCGCAGAGAGGGGACUAGACAGCCUUUCGGGAAGGACGUUUAGAACAAGUUCCAACGUGUAGUUUCUAUCUGGCAAAUUUGUUAACAGUAGGAUGGAAGGAUGGAGGUCAACGGAGGCAAUGGGAUGAUGAAAGUAAUGGUGAAUUUCGAAUGCCGUUAUGCCAUCACGGUCUGUGUGUACCAGUAGUGUUGUCUGUGAUCUAUCAAGACAUCCUAAUUGUGCUUUUCGGUGCGGUGCUGCUCC